UUGCCAGAUUGCGACCUGCUUAGAGCAACGAGACCACGCGGCGCCCGCUCUUGCUGCUAGUAUCAGGCAGCAACCAGCUGAAACCUGUUCGGGACAUGGUGAUGUGCGCUGAAUCACAGAUUCGCAAUCGUCGACCUUGAUGGUGACUCAGUAAACUAGUUGGCAGAUGCCACCGACGCGCUCCGGACGCCCUCCCUGGCACGACAGAUACUUUCAUUCUCUUCUCGUUUCCUACCAUCCUGAUGUCGCUCCCGUCAAGCAGCAGCUCACAGCCACAAAUCAUCCCCUUGAGUGAUUUCCUAAGUUCCGAGAAUGACCGUCAUUUUGUUUGGGACGACGCCGACCGAGAGACGUCUGAACGUUGGACCAAGCCUGUGGAGGAAGUGAAACUCGAUCCGCGCAAACACAAGGUUUUCCAUCAUUGCAACAAGGAGUAUCUCAGACCGCCGAGCCCCUUCAUCCAGCAAGGGCCCGAGCUGGGCGAGUCGGGAUCAACCGUCGUCUACAAGGUUACUGCCCCCGAAGGGUCUGGCAUGACUCUGCCACUCGCGCUCAAGGUGAUUAUAUGCAAGGAGAAUUCUCGCCCGCCGGGGCCUGACAGCAAAGUCCGCAAGAAAGCCCUGGCGGAAGUCAAGAACAUGGCUAGUAUCAGGCACCCACACAUCGUCGCAUACGUAGCCUCGUUUGAGGACUACUGUAUUGAGACUCGUGGGGUUAAGCCGCGACGAGGGCUGCGUGCCAAGGCUCGACCGUUUUCGCUGUUCACGGUCAACCAACAGAUCAAGCGCCACAUCCUAGGUAUCGCCAUGUAUCCUCCUGGCCAAUGCAAUCUGCAUACCUUCAUGGCUGAGGUCUUUCAUAGCCCAAAGGAAUCAAAAGAGUGGAUGCUUGCACACCUGCAUACUUACUUCGGCUGCCUGUCACAAGCCGUGGCGUACCUUCAUGACCAAGGCGUCAGAAUCCGGCACAAGGAUAUCAAGCCGGAAAAUGUCAUCAUCGACGACUUCGGCCUUCCUAUCCUCACAGACUUUGGGCUGUCCAAACACUUCGAAAUAGGCCAGUUGUCCGAAGGACCAACUCCGAAGACGCUCAAAUAUGCCGAUCCCGAAGCCAUGCACGAGACAUCGCGAGACGUCAGUUCGGACAUCUUCUCCUUAGGAUGUGUCUUCCUGGAGAUGGCUACCGUGCUGCUGGGCAAACCGCCUGCCUUUGCAGAAGAACAGCUCCGAAAACGCAGAAACAACAACAGCGCGAAUGUUGACGGGGAGGAGCGGUUACCGUUAGUAGGAGGAGGGGAAGGACAAACCGAUGGCAACUACGACGGCGAUGAAGAAUUCAAAUAUUCGGAAUGCAUUCCUAGACUUAACGCCUAUAUAAUGCUCCUCAGAUCCUGCGUGAUUAGCCACGGGGGCCAGCGACGUGGAUCGGUAGAGGCCGUCAUUCAAGUCCUGCCUCACAUCCGCCGCAUGAUGAACGAGGAUCCUACAAACCGGCCAAGGGCCCAAGACUUAUACCCCUUGUUCAGGCACCUGUAUGACGUCUACGACUACCCCGGGCCUUGCCCAAACUGUGAGGCGGAGAGGGCUACCGGACAGGCGAUUCCAUCGCCUAAGAAAGGGGCGGUGCCUGGUGCGAAUGGGAUGGCCGGGCCGGGGACUGGGAGUCAGGGCUCGAACGGCGGCAGUCCGUCAUUUGAUCGGGGUAAAAGGUCCAUGUCCAGGGUGAACAGUUUGGCCAGCUUAAAAAGCUUGAAGAUUGGUGCUCUUGUUCGGCAAGGGUCGGAUCCAAGUGCCAUACGGUACAGACGGUAACAGGGUUAUUGUAGGGAGUUGUUGUAGCCCUCAACGGGCCGGUUGGAUCAAUCAUGGUUCCUGAAAUGGCACACAGGCUCAGUAUACGAUACAGGCCUGUUAUCUCUCCUAGUUUGAUAACCCAGACUCGUUCCAUUAUUCCCCUAGUAUACUUGUUGCAUCAGAAGGUUUUUUAUUUCCCCGAGACUCCGUCAGCAUAAGGCAUAAUUCUGGUGGGACAGCAGCGAUCGAAGUUGGAAACGGCCGUGAUUAACGACAAUAGUGCGGUGGAUAGGUACAUGGCAUGCCGUACAGACAAUGAAUACGACCAUGUAGAUCCAGGGAUUCGAGACAUUGUCCCUAGAGUCACUUGAAAAGGAGAUGACCGAAAUAGCUGCUGGG